GAAGGUCUGAGCCGGCUCCCCCUGCCCUCUCCCGCCUCCCCGGGGACACCAUGGACCCCGAAGCCGUGCAGACCCAGGAGGCCCCGCUGACGGUCAACGAGCAGGUCAUUGUCAUGUCCAGCCACGAGACGAUCCGCGUGCUGGAGGUCGGCGUGGACGCCCCGCCGCCGGCCGAGGAGGACGGGAAACCUUUGGAGAUGCCACCCGGGGAGGGUGCACGGGGCUCCCCGCGAGGGAGCGGCGACCCGGGCAGAGAGGACGUGCCGCCCAGCGCCGAGACCUCGUGCAGCGCCGAGGCGGCAAAACCAAGCCGGCGGCCGGAGCGUCCCCCAGCAGCGUCCCCCCCGGCAGCACCUUCGGCCACGCCGCCAGCCAGCAGCCGCAGCCCUUGGCCCCGCUGGCCGCCCCGCAGUAUUGCAGGUCAAGUGGCAGGUCAGCAGGGGCUGGCUGUGUGGACAUUUCCUACAGCAACGGUCGCUGCCCUUCCCGGACUGACGGCUGCUUCUCCUACAGGGGGAAUUUUCAAACCACCUAUAGCCAAUCUGCAAGCCGCCGCCGUCCUCAACACCGCGAUCCCGGCGCCGGUGCAGCCUGCCCAGCCUCUGCCGGCUGCGGUCCAGCCCCGGCCCCCCCUCCAGCCACAGAGCGUGUUCCCCCCGGCGCCUGCCGUGCCCAGCCAGCCCCCCAUCCUGCCACAGCCCGCUGCAGCGCCCACACCACCCGUGGCGAAGCCGCUUGAGCCGCAGACCCAGAUCGCAGUGCAGCCCGCGGGAUUUGCCUUUAACCCUGGCAUAAUCAGCGCCGCCUCCCUGGGGGGGCAAACGCAGCUCCUCAGCUCCCUGGCAGCUGCCCCCGUGAUCGCCAACACCAUCUCCAGCGUGCAGGGCAUCACGGGGCAGAUCCUGACCAACGCCCAGGGCCAGGUGAUCGGGACCCUGCCGUGGGUGGUGAACCCCCCCGGCAUCGCGGCGGCCAGCCCGGUGCCGGCCCCGAACCUGCAGGUACAGGCGGUGACGCCCCAGCUGCUGCUCAAUGCCCAGGGCCAGGUGAUCGCCACGCUGGCCAGCGGCACCAUCCAAGCGGCCACCAUCAAGAAAAGCGGCCCCCCCGAGCCUCCCACCAAGAGCGAGGUGCAGCCCAUCCAGCCGGCCCCGGCUCUGCCCCAGCCAGCCGUGGUCAUCGCCAACCCUGCGCCGGCAGCGAAGGCGGCCUCGGCGCCCGUCCCCAUCACCUGCUCCGAGACGCCCACCGUCAGCCAGCUGGUGGCCAAGCCCCAGGCCCCCAACAGCGGCGUGGAGGAGGACGGCAUCAACCUGGAGGAGAUCCGGGAGUUCGCCAAGAACUUCAAGAUCCGGCGCCUGUCCCUCGGCCUGACGCAGACCCAGGUGGGGCAGGCCCUGACGGCCACCGAGGGCCCUGCCUACAGCCAGUCAGCCAUCUGCAGGUUCGAGAAGCUCGACAUCACCCCCAAGAGCGCCCAGAAGCUGAAGCCGGUGCUGGAGAAGUGGCUGAGCGAGGCCGAGCUGCGCAACCAGGAGGGGCAGCAGAACCUGAUGGAGUUCGUGGGCGGUGAGCCCUCCAAGAAGCGCAAGCGCCGGACGUCCUUCACGCCGCAGGCCAUCGAGGCGCUCAACGCCUACUUCGAGAAGAACGCGCUGCCCACCGGCCAGGAGAUCACCGAGAUCGCCAAGGAGCUCAACUACGACCGCGAAGUCGUCCGCGUGUGGUUCUGCAACCGCCGACAGACGCUCAAAAACACCAGCAAACUCAACGUCUUUCAGAUCCCCUAA